AUGAGUGCCCUCUCACGUCUUCAAAAUCACGAGGACGUCACCAGAUUCGGCGUGGUACGCUUCUCGACGCCCGAGAAUAUACUGUGGACCACCACCAGGAUUCAACUCGAGUCUACGAUCGACAACGGAAUCUCCUUUCGGGAGGAAUUCGAGUUGAGCGAGUGCGAGUGGCAGAAUCUUCUUAAACACGCUCACCGAUUCUCUUGGAUCAACAUCUUGAAAUCCCUGGUCUGUAGAGAAUCAGAUCGGGCAUGUUACCAUGUUCAAGAUGCCUUGGAACGCAUCUCCGUACCGCAAAAAAUCGUCGACAACCAGCGUUCCCUGGCACUACUUUGGAAUAGUCAACCGCCUCGAUCCGCCAAAGAGCUUUUCCGCCAUCGGUUAUACGACAUCAACGCCUUCCAGAGACUCGACUUCUCAGAUGUCUCGCCGGAAGAUAAUGUAUUUGCAGAAGUCAGUCUACCUUGCGGUUGCUACGACGGCGUAUAUUCGAAUGAAGUUGAAGCCAUGAGUGUAGAGGAGUGCAAGAGUGCGGUCUGCUAUCAAUGUCGGAACGAUGUCCUUCAACCAGAAGACCGACUCGAACUGGCGAUGGGAGAGCAGAGGGUUCAGCGAGAAGCCUGGUUGAGAUCGAAUGCCUCUUGGAAAGAUCUCAACAACACGGACUUCAGUCUCCGCACUGAGACGAUGAAAAUGAAAGCCAAUACGCUCUUCCACGUCCUCCAUGGUGCUUUCGAUUCCAUGAAGACCUGUGACCUCCUCUGUCCGGCUUCUUUGGCGUUCGAAAAUCUGCUGGAGACUCGGGUGGCCCUCGAAGCUUUGGAGGUCUUCCUGUACGGCAGCAACGAGGACCUGAUCGGUACACCAACGCAGGUCCUUGCCACUCUCCACCAGAAGGCAACAGAUGCCGUGAGUAAUGCGAGCAAGAACCGCAUUCCGGGCGAAUCUGUCACGGUGCCUGGAUUUGACAACUCCCUCCGAAACCUGCUUGUGCGUACUAUGAACUUCUGGCUACGUCGAAGCUGUCGAAAAGUCAACCGCGCUCACUACAAGUUCCACAUGCAUCAGGGAGUGCCGUUCUUUAGCCCUCAGAGCUGGGAACUUUCGAAACAAAGCGCGGGUGUCUUUGAGGAACUGAACGACUCGAGAACUGACCUUGGCGAUGAAGAGACCAAUGUGGGCAGUGUUGACGAUUUGAUGGCAGGCAUGCAAAUGCACCAGGAUGAAUAG